UGUGUCUGCUUCUAGAAAAUGAGAAGUAUUUGAACAGGACGGUAUUUUUAAAUUUGUGCAAUAAUUCUUCAAGUUUUUUUUAUACAUAAAUUUUAGAGAUGAAUGUCAAUGGUGAUUUUAAGGAAGAAAAUAAAAUCAAAAUAGGCGAUUAUGUUAUUAUACAGAGACAAGGGUUCUUUAAGCUUCAUCAGCUCUCUUUGAAAACGAGUUUGACACUGGGAAAAGAUAAGGUAGACCUUAAAGCUAUAGUCGGUAAGCGGUAUUGGUCAGUUUUCAAGAUGUUGCCGAUAAAGGGAAAGAGAGAGUACGAAUUGGAAGAAACGAAUGAGCUAAUGAGCAUACCUGAAUCAGUAAUGAAGGAGGUGACAAGCGGCACUGAUAACCGGAACAUCACUGACACAGGCAAGUCACAACUGCUUAGUACGGAGGACAUAGAAGGUCUCAGAGACAGCGGUUUGUCAGCACGUAACAUAGUCGGAAAACUAAUUGAAAACAGUACCACCUUCAAAGACAAAACCGAGUACUCUCAGGAGAAGUACUUAAAAAAGAAAGAGAAAAAGUAUUACGAGUAUAUCAUUGUCCGUAAACCGACUCUCAGAUUGAUCUGUGAUAUAUUUUAUAACAGAGAUCAGUUUAAGAUGUUAGGCCUUCGCUAUGACACUUUAGGACAGAUAUUAACAUUGGCGAACAUACAGAGUAAUGGGAAUUAUAUUUUAUUCGAAAAUGGAACACAGGCGAUUGUCGGCGCAUCGAUAUUAAACUGUCUCGGCCCAGGAGGCAAUCUCAUAAAUCUCUCAAUAGGUAAUCAUCCUCAAAAGCAAGCAAUCCUUGGACUUAAUUUUACAAAAGAACAACUGGAAAGAUUUAUUUCGGUUAAAAUUACCGAUUUCACUAAAGCUUUUCAGAAUGAAUGUCCCCAAGGUGAAAACUCUACGCUGGUGGCUGAAGACGAAAUUAGUGAACAUGGACCGACAAAAAGGAAAAUCACGGAAGAAGAUGCUCUCGAGCCGGCUGUCAAGAAGCCGAGGUGGAUGGAAGACUUUACAAAGUGUGUUGACCUCGUGAAAGAAAAAAAUCUAGACGGUUUAAUAAUCGUGUGUAAAGAAUAUCCGCUCAAUAUAUUACUGAAGUUAUUGCGCUUUGUCAAGCCCUCCCGUCAGAUUGUCGUGUAUUCGAUCUACAGAGAGGCUCUGGUGGAACUUUAUGUCGAAUUGAAAAAGCGAAAAGAUGUUUUAGCACUGCAUAUUUAUGAAAAUUGGCUGAGGACUUACCAAGUGUUAACCGAUAGGACACACCCUGAUGUUACAAUGAGUUCAAACGGUGGACAUUUGUUAGUUGCCACCAAAGUGUUGCCUUAAUAUUUUAUGUAAUUAAACUUUUAUAAUUGUAAUUCA